CGGCGGCGGCUCUGUGUUUUUCCAGCUGUCUUCCUCUCCCGAGAAAGGAAACUCUGUGUACAUUUUUUUCUUUUUUUUUCGUUUGCGCGAGAGACUCCAGCAAAAUCAGAGAUCCAAAAUUCCAGUGUCAACUAAGUGGAGAGGCAGACCCUCAUUGUAUCUGCUUGGGGAACAAUCCUUUUAAUGGCAACACUGACAGCCUGAGAUUUGGAGAAGUACUAAUGGCUUUCAGACUGGGUUGGAAAACUUCAAGGAGCCAUUGGAGUUUCCUGCAGGCUGUGAGCAGUGGGUUCCCUCUGAUUUCCUGGAGGACAGCAGGGAGCUGUUUGGACCCUGAGAUGAAAGCCUACCUGGAGGAGAAUACUGAAGUCACCAGCAGUGGUAGCCUUACCCCUGAAAUCCAGUUACGGCUUUUGACCCCCAGGUGCAAGUUCUGGUGGGAAAGGGCUGAGCUGUGGCCCUACAGUGAUCCCUACUGGGCAAUCUACUGGCCAGGUGGCCAGGCCCUGUCUAGGUAUCUUUUGGAUAACCCUGAUGUUGUUAGAGGAAAGUCUGUCUUGGAUCUUGGGAGCGGAUGUGGAGCAACAGCAAUUGCUGCUAAGAUGAGUGGUGCAUCAAAGAUCUUGGCCAAUGACAUAGACCCCAUUGCAGGAAUGGCGAUUACACUAAAUUGCAAAUUAAAUGGACUGAAUCCUUUUCCUGUUUUAACCAAAAACAUUUUGAGUACCAAACAAGGUAAGUUUGAUCUCAUUGUUCUUGGAGAUAUGUUUUAUGAUGAAGACCUUGCAGACAGUCUGCAUCUGUGGCUGGAGAACUACUUUUGGACCUACAGAACCCGAGUAUUGAUUGGUGACCCUGGGAGGCCCCAGUUCAGUGGACACAGUAUUCGGCAUCAGCUACACAAAUUAGAAGAAUACACUCUUCCAGAGCCAACUCAGCAGGAUAAUAGUGGACUGACCACAAGCGCAGUGUGGGAUUUUCAUCCCUGAUUUGUCAGAGUGCUUUCAAGUUCAGUUCUGUUUGUAUUGAACUCUUAUUUCCUCUGCUGGAGGUACAGUUUAAGGAAUGCAAUUCAUUGGGGUGUGGUGACUUGAGGCUUGAAUACUACCACUUGGGAGGCUGAGGUAGGCUGAUCUCUGUGAGUCUGAAGCCAGACGGGUCUACAGUUAGUUCCUGGACAGCCAGAACUACAUAGUGAGACCCUAUCUCAUGGAGAAAGUUAUUUGAAAUUUUCUCUGUACAGUCCUGCAUAGUGGUGCAUACUUUUAAUCCCAGUACUUGGGAGGCAGAGGCAGGUGGAUCUCUGGGAGUUUGAGGCCGCCCUGGUGUACAGUGAGUUCUAGGACAGCCAGAGCUAUGCAGUGAGACCCUGUCUCAAAAAAAAAGAGAGAGAGAGAGAAAAAAUUCCUUCUUCCUUUGCUUUAACACCUUGGAUGACUCUAUAUGGCUUACUAAAGUUAGUAAUGGUUUGUUCCCAUUUCAUAUACUAGGUUAUCAGGAUUUUAUAACAGCAAAACACUGUACUCUAAACAAAAAUGUGAAUAAUAUGUAUCAUAUACAACUGGUUAUGUAGAAAGUAUAUCUAUAUGUAUGGAUAUAAUAUAUACAAUUUGCUGCAGUAUUAAUAAAAUAUCUCUGGAAAGAUAAGGAA